AUGAAGUGGCUGAUCUUAGUCCUGGUUUUUCUCCACCUCUCUUCUCAUCUUUGUAGAAUCAUUCUGAAGAAAGGGAAAUCCAUUCGGGAGGAGAUGAAAGAGAAAGGAGUAUUAGAAGACUUUCUGAAGCACCACUAUGUUGAUCCUGCAAUAAAAUAUCUUAAUGAAUACAAUGUUGCUUAUGAACCAAUCACCAAUUACUUAAAUUCAUUCUAUUUUGGAGAGAUCAGUAUUGGGACUCCACCACAGAACUUCUUGGUUGUCAUGGACACAGGUUCUUCCAAUCUAUGGGUACCAUCUGUGUACUGUAAUACUGAGGCUUGUGCUAACCAUGACAGGUUCAACCCUAGUCAGUCUUCAACAUACUCCAAUGAGGGACAGACCUACACACUGUCUUAUGGAAGUGGGAGCUUGACUGUCAUGCUAGGUUAUGAUACAGUGCAGGUCCAAAAUAUUGUAAUUGAAAACCAGGUGUUUGGCCUUAGUGAGGAUGAGCCUGCCAGUCCCUUCUACUAUGCCAAUUUUGAUGGGAUUUUGGGGAUGGCUUACCCUGCCAUGGCUGUAGGGGGCUACACUGCCAUGCAGCAGAUGCUGAGGCAAGGACAGCUUUCUGAACCAAUCUUCAGCUUCUACUUCUCACGUCAACCGACUGUUCAGUAUGGAGGAGAAUUGAUCUUGGGAGGUGUUGAUACUCAGCUCUUCUCUGGGCAGAUUUCCUGGGCACCAGUCACCCGCGAGGUUUACUGGCAGAUUGGCAUUGAGGAGUUUGCAAUUGGAAGCCAGGCAACUGGCUGGUGCAGCCAAGGUUGCCAAGCAAUUGUGGACACUGGUACAUGUCAGCUUACUGUCCCGGGACAGUACAUAGGAAGCUUCCUACAAGCUGUAGGAGCAGAACAAUACAAUGGGGAGUAUGUUGUUAACUGCAAUGAUGUCCAGAACAUGCCCACCAUCACUUUUGUCAUUAAUGGAUCCCAGUUCCCACUGCCUCCUUCUGCCUAUGUCUCCAGUAACAAUGGAUAUUGCUAUGUUGCAAUUGAGCCCACAUAUCUGCCUUCCCCAAAUGGACAGCCUCUAUGGAUCCUGGGAGAUGUUUUUCUGAAGGAGUAUUAUUCAGUCUUUGAUAUGGCCAACAACAGGGUGGGCUUUGCACCAUCUGCCUAA